AUGAGCGAUAUUGAUGCCACAAAGAAGCCCCAUCUCUAUCGAGAUAUCAACCAUGACCCGGUCACGUCUGUCCUGCCGGAUGGGGACAUCCCAAUCUCAGACCAUCCGUUGAGUAACGAUGAGGGCGUCCUCGUGGCUCUCGGAUACAAGCAGGAGUUUAAACGCGAGUUCUCCUUGUGGACUACAUUCUGUGUCAGUUUUGCAGUCCUGGGUCUGUUGCCGUCCGUUGCAAGCACCCUAUACUAUGGAAUGGGUUACGCAGGGACUGCAGGUAUGGUCUGGGGCUGGCUCAUUGCCAUGGUAUUUAUUCAGUGCGUCGCAAUGUCCAUGGCAGAGCUCUGUUCGGCAAUGCCAACGAGCGGCGGUUUGUACUAUGCCGCGGCCGUCCUGGCGCCUCCUGGGUAUGGACCCUUUGCAGCCUGGCUCACCGGCUGGUCGAAUUGGAUCGGACAGGUCACUGGGGCGCCAUCUGUGGACUAUGCGUUGGCUGCGAUGAUUCUGGCUGCCGCAGCGAUCUACAACCCUGACUAUGUUCCUACAAAGUACCAGACGUUUCUCCUUACGACGCUGAUCUUGCUGGUCCACAGUGGGAUCAGCAGCAUGCCUACGAAGUGGAUAGCGACCUUCAACUCGUGGGGAUCCACGUUCAAUAUCAUUGCUCUGAUCAUCACCCUCAUCACCAUUCCUGCAGGAACGAGCAAUAGCCCCAAGUUCAGCCCUGCUCGCGAAGUCUGGGGUACCAUCACCAAUGGCACCGACUUGCCCAACGGCGUGGCGGUUCUCAUGUCCUUUGUGAGCGUGAUCUGGACCAUGUCGGGGUACGACUCGCCCUUCCACCUGAGCGAGGAAUGCUCCAACGCCAAUAUCGCCUCUCCUCGGGCCAUUGUCCUGACAUCUGCCGUGGGUGGCCUUAUGGGCUGGUUCCUCCAACUCGUUGUCGCGUAUACGGUGACAGACAUCAACGCAGUGAUAAACUCCGAUCUCGGCCAGCCCUGGGCAUCAUACCUGCUGCAAGUGAUGCCGGCAAAGACUGCCAUGGCGCUCCUCUCGCUCACCAUCAUCUGCGGCUUCUUCAUGGGCCAAGGCUGCAUGAUCGCCGCGUCGCGAGUGACCUACGCAUACGCGCGCGACGACUGCUUCCCUCUGUCGCGGAUCUGGAAGAAAGUCAACACUCGCACGCAGACGCCCGUCAAUGCGGUGCUGAUGAACUGCGGGCUGGGGAUCCUGAUGUGCCUGCUCAUCUUCGCCGGCCAGGUCACGAUCGGCGCCCUGUUCUCGAUCGGGGCGAUUUCGCAGUUCAUCGCGUUCGCGAUCCCGAUCGCCAUCCGCGUGUUCAUCGUCGGGAACCGAUUCCGUCGGGGCCCAUGGCAUCUGGGCCCGUUCAGCAAGCCCGUCGGCGCGGCGGGGUCGCUGUUCGUGUUGCUGAUGCUGCCGAUCCUGUGCCUGCCCAGCUCGACGGGCAGCGACCUCACGCCAGACCUGAUGAACUGGACGUGUCUGGUGUACGGCGCCCCGAUGCUAGCAGUGACGAUCUGGUGGGUAGUGGACGCGCGGAGGUGGUUCAAGGGACCGAAAGUGAAUGUUGAGCAUGCUAUAUACCAUGGCGACGAGGCUGACGAGCCUGUCGUCUACGAGGGAGUCGUCGCUACAGCAGACAAGCAAGAGGAGAGGACAGCUUCCAAUCAGGACGGUAAAGAUCAGUACGCGUCAUCGUCAUCCAAGGAGGACAAUGAUAACGGAGCAGACAAGUCGGCCGCAGAGUAG